AUGUUGCUUCGAGAUGCUGGUCUCGUUGCGGGCUUGGCUUCGCUGCUACACGUCGGGGCCGAGCCCUUGAUACAAAUCCCACCACACAUACAAAAUCUGGAGCUGAGCACGCCGAAGCCAGUCACUGCAGCCCAGAUGCAGGAGUUCAAGCAAGACUUCGUCGAUGUCGAUUUCAACAAGGAUGACCAGAUGGACGCUCAGGAGGUUCGCGCGCACUUCAAGGGCGGGAUAUCUGAUGUGGAGCUUUACCAGUUCUUUCUCGACUCCGACAAAGAUCAGUCCGGAGACGUUUCCCUUCAAGAGUAUGUGGACUAUGCGGCGAUGCUGAACUGA